AGCGAGCACGUUGGGGACUUGGUCUUUCAGGUCUGCUCUCUCUGUGGGUGUGUGCGAGGAAGCUUUGGUCUUUCUGCAGACUUUUGCUGGCCAGUGUCUUAUAUCCUGUCUAGAGCAACAUCACAGCAUGGCGUUAAAUCUAACUAUCAAUCCGAGCAACCCUCCUUUGGGUGCUCUCCUGGCUGCAGAACAUGUGAAAGGGACUGUCCAACUGUCAGUGGAGGAAGGCAAAGACACAAAGCUUCAUGUAUCAGACUCUAUCCAGUUCAAUGAUGUCAACUCCAUUAGUCGCUACUUGGCUCGUGUAGCUCCAGCCUUUGGCCUCUAUGGAGCCAACAUGAUGGAGCAGACUGAAGUUGAUCAUUGGUUGGAGUUCAGUGCUCGUCGUCUGAGUGGUCAGUCAGAUUUGUCUGCAGCCCUUAGUGAGUUGGACAAGGCCCUAUCAUUGCGGACCUUCUUGGUUGGACAUUCACUCACUCUGGCUGACUUGUCUGUCUGGGCUGCUCUUAAAGGUCAUAGAGAUUGGCCAAGCAAGGGAAAAAUGUUCACCCACAUCAAUCGCUGGUUCUUUUUCCUGAAUGCACAGAUCCCUUUUUCAUCUGUGGGCAAUAAGUAUGUCGGUAAAAAAGCCCCAGAAGCCCGAUCCAGUUCUUUGGAGAAAGAAAAGAAGCAGGAUCUUGGAAAGUUUGUUGAAUUGCCAGGAGCUGAAAUGGGAAAUGUUGUUGUUCGCUUCCCUCCUGAGGCCAGUGGCUAUCUGCAUAUUGGCCAUGCUAAGGCUGCUCUGCUUAAUCAACAUUACCAGGUGACUUUCAAAGGCAAGCUCAUCAUGCGGUUUGAUGACACUAAUCCUGAGAAGGAAAAAGAGGACUUUGAGAAGGUCAUCCUGGAAGACGUUGCCAUGCUCCAGAUCAAACCAGAUCAGUUCACUUACACCAGUGAUCAUUUCCCUGCUAUAAUGCGCUAUGCUGAGAAACUUCUUGCUGAGGGCAAGGCAUACAUUGAUGACACUCCUCCAGAGCAGAUGAAACAGGAGAGAGAGCAGCGCAUUGAGUCAAAAUGCCGUAACAACACUCUGGAGCAGAACAUGAAAAUGUGGUCUGAGAUGAAAGAGGGCACAGAAUAUGGGCAGACCUGCUGCAUGAGGGCCAAGAUGGACAUGAACUCAAACAAUGGUUGCUUGAGAGACCCUACGCUUUACCGUUGCAAGAACACACCGCACCCCCGCACCAAAAGCACUUAUAAAGUUUACCCCACAUACGACUUUGCAUGCCCAAUUGUGGACAGUGUGGAAGGAGUGACCCAUGCUCUCAGGACGACAGAGUACCAUGACCGUGAUGAACAAUACUACUGGUUUAUCAAUGCUCUGGGAAUUAGGAAACCCUACAUCUGGGAGUAUGCUCGACUUAAUCUCAACAACACGGUUUUAUCCAAGAGGAAACUCACCUGGUUUGUUGACCAGGGUUAUGUUGAUGGAUGGGAUGACCCCCGCUUCCCUACAGUGAGAGGAGUGCUUAGGAGAGGAAUGACUGUGGAAGGCUUGAAACAGUUUAUAGCCGCUCAGGGUGGCUCCAGAUCUGUGGUGAACAUGGAAUGGGACAAGAUCUGGGCCUUCAAUAAAAAGGUUAUUGAUCCAGUAGCUCCCAGGUACACAGCCCUGUCCAGCUCAUAUGUGGUCCCUGUGUCCAUCCCCGGAGCCACGGAGGGGAAGAAAGAAGUUCCAAAACAUCCCAAGAAUGCUGAUGUAGGAAUGAAGGAAGUUUGGUAUGGGCCGCGGGUUUUGGUUGAAGGAGCAGAUGCUGAAACAUUCUCUGAGGGCGAGGUGGUAACUUUCAUUAACUGGGGCAACCUCAUCAUCACAAAGAUUAACAAAGCCACUGAUGGGAAGGUUCUGUCCAUGGAGGCUCGCCUGAACCUUGAGAAUACAGACUACAAGAAGACUGCAAAGAUCACCUGGCUUGCUGAAACAAAAAGCACCCCUCUGUUGCCCACAGUUUGUGUCGCCUACCAGCCUAUAAUCACCAAAGCAGUCUUGGGCAAAGAUGACGACUUUAAGGACUACAUCAACAAGAAUAGCAAGUCUGAGGAAAAGAUGCUUGGAGACCCCUGUCUGAAGAACCUAAAAAAAGGAGACAUUAUACAGCUCCAGAGACGUGGCUUUUACAUUUGUGACCAGCCAUAUGAGCCAGUCAGCCCCAACAGCUGCAAGGAGAGCCCCUGUGUCCUCUUCUAUAUUCCUGAUGGUCAUACGAAGGAAAUGCCAACGGCUGGGGCAAAGGAUAAGAACAAGAGUCAGACUUCAAACAAUACAUCCUCCACUGCCAAGGCAGCCUCACAAUCUCCAGCAGCUCCAGCUCCUGCUACAGCUUCAGCCAGUGAUCUGUUCUCAAGCAUUGUGGCUCAGGGAGAUGCUGUGCGCCAGUUAAAGACUGAUAAGGCACCAAAAGAAGAAGUGGACAAGGCUGUCCAGCAGCUCUUGGCUCUGAAGACACAAUUUAAGCGGGUGACUGGCAUGGAGUACAAACCUGGCAUGACUCCACCAGUAUCCACCCCAGCACCAUCGUCUGCACCAUCGUCUGUAGCAACAGCCUCCUCCACCUGUCCAUAUACACGUGUUUCUGAGCAAGGCGAGCUGGUCAGAAAACUGAAGGCAGAGAAGGCUCCUAAGGACCAGAUAGACGCUGCAGUGAAGCAGUUGCUGGCUCUGAAAGCAGAGUUUAAAAACCAAACUGGUCAGGAGUAUAAACCAGGGAUGGCCCCUAUAUCCCCCACCCCCUCUUCUUCAGCCCUCUCUUCAUCUUCCGCCUCUUUUGGCCUGUAUGAGCGUGUCGCACAGCAAGGAGAGGUGGUGAGGCAGCUCAAAGCUGAAAAAGUUCCUAAGGAUCAAAUAGAUGCAGCAGUGAAGCUGCUCCUUGCACUCAAAGCUGAAUACAAACAGAUGACGGGUGAGGACUACAAACCUGGAGUUGCCCCUGCUCAGAAGAGCCCCGCCCCUGUUCAGAGUAUGCCUGUCUCUGCUCCCUCUGCAGCAGGCCUCUAUGAAAAGGUGGCUGAGCAGGGAGAGGUGGUCAGGAAACUGAAGUCUGAAAAAGCUCCAAAAGAUCAGGUGGAUGUUGCGGUUAAACAGCUGUUGACUCUAAAGGCAGAGUACAAACAACAGACUGGACAGGAUUAUAAACCAGGAGUACAAGUCCCAGUGAGCCCUGCCCAGCCACAGCCCCCAACCCAGUCUGCUCAGUCCCCACAGGCAGAGGAGCUGUAUGCACGGGUUGCACAACAGGGAGAGGUGGUGCGAAAACUGAAGUCUGAAAAAGCAGCCAAGGAGCAAGUUGACGAGGCCGUGAAAACUUUGUUGGAUUUAAAGAACAAGUACAAGGCACUGACAGGACAGGAGUACAAACCAAUGGCAGCAGCAGGUGCAUCUGGUGGUGAAAACAAGAGUCGCAAAGAGAAGGAAAACAAAUCUGAAAAACAGGGGGCUGCUGGAGGAGCUGGAGGUGGAAAGAAGGGCAAAGGAGACAAGCCCAGCCAGGGCAAAGAGGCAGCGGGGGGAGCAGGAGGAGGAGAGGGCCAAGGGCCCAAGAAGCAGACACGAUUGGGUCUUGAGGCUAAGAAAGAGGAAAAUUUGGCUGACUGGUAUUCUCAGGUCAUCACCAAAGCAGAGAUGAUUGAGUACUAUGAUGUCAGCGGCUGCUAUGUGCUUCGACCAUGGUCUUUUGCCAUCUGGGAGGCCAUCAAGGACUAUUUCGAUCGGGAAAUAAAGAAACUUGGUGUGGAAAACUGCUACUUCCCCAUGUUUGUCUCUCAGGCAGCCCUCGAGAAGGAAAAGACCCACAUUGAAGACUUUGCCCCCGAGGUUGCCUGGGUGACGAGGUCAGGAAAGACUGAGUUGGCUGAGCCCAUUGCUGUCAGGCCCACCAGUGAGACAGUGAUGUACCCAGCUUAUGCUAAAUGGGUCCAGUCCCACAGAGACCUACCAAUCAAACUCAAUCAGUGGUGUAAUGUUGUGAGAUGGGAGUUCAAACAUCCCCAGCCUUUCCUAAGGACUAGAGAGUUUUUGUGGCAAGAAGGUCACACUGCCUUUGCCACCAAAGAGGAAGCAGCCGAAGAAGUGCUACAAAUUUUGGACCUGUAUGCCAAGGUCUAUGAGGAACUAAUGGCCAUUCCAGUCGUGAAGGGAAGAAAAACUGAGAAGGAGAAGUUUGCAGGGGGAGAUUACACCACCACUGUUGAGGCUUUCAUCUCUGCGAGUGGUCGAGCCAUUCAGGGUGCUACUUCUCAUCAUCUUGGUCAAAACUUUGCUAAAAUGUUUGAAAUCAUGUUUGAAGAUCCCAAAAAUCCAGGUGAGAAGCAACUGGCCUUCCAGAACUCCUGGGGCAUCACCACCAGGACCAUUGGUGUCAUGACCAUGGUCCAUGGUGACAACAUGGGGCUUGUGCUUCCUCCGAGGGUUGCCUGUCUACAGGUUGUGGUCAUCCCUUGUGGUGUGACUGCCUCUCUCUCAGAGGAGCAGAAGGACGUGUUGUUGGCGCAGUGUUCUAAAUACAUGAACAGGCUGCUGGAUGCUGGUGUCAGGGUGAAGACUGACCUCAGAGAAAACUACUCCCCUGGCUGGAAGUUCAACCACUGGGAGCUCAAGGGAGUCCCAAUCCGUUUAGAAGUUGGUCCCAAAGACAUGCAGCAGCGCCAGUGUGUGGCUGUGAGGAGAGACAAUGGUGAAAAGCUGACCAUUCCAGAUGCUGAGGUGGAAAAGAGGAUACCAGCUCUUUUGGAAGAGAUUCAAAACUGUCUUUACAAGAAAGCAUCAGAUGACUUGAACACUCACAUGGUAGCUGUUGACACUAUGGAGGAAUUUCAGAAAGAGUUGGACCAAGGAAAGAUUGUCCAAAUUCCCUUCUGUGGACAAAUUGAGUGUGAAGACUGGAUCAAGAAAACCACUGCAAAGGACCAGGAUCUUGAGCCUGGAGCUCCAUCUAUGGGAGCCAAGAGCCUCUGCAUCCCCUUUUCCCCUCUGAAGACCCUUCAGCCUGGCCAAGUGUGUGUCAGUGGCAAAGAGCCUGCCAAGUACUAUACGCUGUUUGGACGCAGCUACUAAAAACUGCCCUGCUGCUACAAGUCAAAGGGCUUUUUCCAAACUCUAUGUACCUCUUUUCUCAUGUCUUUACUGUGAGAAUUCUGACACUGAUUGGAGACAGUGUCAUGUAAUAUUUAGUUAUUAUUUAAUGCCAUACUACACUUUCCUUUAACCUCUUUUCUAAUCCCACUGAUGGCUGAGUAAUUCAGAAUUUACAUAGCAUUGGGAUACCAUCUUUGUGCUGUUUAAUUAUGUAAUGCUGUGUGUUAAAAUGCAUUAAUGGAAGACCUUUAUAAUUAAAUGUCAUUUUAAAGUAGACUUAACUAUAGAUAUAUGACAAAAAAAUAUAUAACUCAGGUACUCAAGUGCUUUUCAGUCAUCUCAUUUAGCUGAUGAUAUGCCAUUCACCUUUACCAUAGGUCCCCCCCCCCUCCCCCCAUUAAAGUAAUUUACACAGUA